CAGAUGGUGAACAGUCUCAGAGCUCUGGGAGUCUUCGGAUUGUUCUGAUUGGGAAAACUGGCUGUGGAAAGAGUUCGUCAGGGAACACCAUUCUUGGAAGAAAGUUAUUUACAGCAGAAUCAGCUCAGCAGUCGGUGACUAAGAGCUGCCAAAAAGGCCAGACUGAGGUUAAUGGWCGUUCUGUUGUUGUUGUUGACACUCCUGGUCUGUUUGACAGCACUUUGUCUCAUGAUGAAGUUAAUGAAGAGUUGGUAAAAUGUAUCAGUCUGCUGGCUCCAGGACCACACGUCUUCCUGCUGGUAAUCCAGAUUGGCAGAUUCACACCAGAAGAGAAGGAGACACUAAAAUUACUUAAGGACGUUUUUGGAAAAAAUUCUCARUCAUUCACUAUUGUUCUUUUCACAAGAGGAGAUGAUCUGGAAGCGGAGAGAAAAACUAUUGAAAAGUACAUUGAGACAAGCUGUAAUGAUUCAUUUAAAAAGCUGAUCUCUGACUGUGGAGGUAAAUACCACGUGUUUAAUAAUCGUGAUAAAAAUAACCAAACACAAGUCAGCGAACUGAUCCAGAAGAUCGACACCAUGGUAAAGACAAAUGGGGGCAGCUGCUACACAAAUGAGAUGCUGCAAAAAGCUGAAGCUGCCAUACAGAAAGAAAUGAAGAGAAUCCUGAAGGAAAAGGAAGAAGAGAUGCAAAAACAGAAAAAAGAGCUGGAAAGAAAACAUGAAAAAGAAAAAGAAGAAUUGAGAAGGAGAAUGGCAGAACAGAGACUAAAAAAAAUGGAAGAAAAUAUAAAAAGGGAGCGAGAGCAGAAAGAGAGAGAGCAGAAAAAAAGAGAGGAAGAAGAGAAAAAAAGAAAAGAAGAUGAACAACAACAACAAAAAGAGUGGGAGCAAGAACGAGAAGCUUUGGAGAAAAAAAUCCAAUCAAAAUCAGAAGAAAAAGAGACCAUCGACAGAAAACUGGAACAGAUGAAGAACGAGACAGAAGAAAAACGAGAAGCCAGAGAAAAAGAAAGAAAAGAGUGGUGGGAAAAACGACAGAGAGAGGAUGAAGAGACACGGAAAGAAGAAGAAUUAAAACUGAAAAAGCUUCAAGAUGAAUUUGAGAGGAAAAAAAAGGAAUUUGAAAACCAAAGAAAAAAAGAAGAUCAGAAGAGAAGAGAACGGGAAGAGAAGGAGAGAAAAGAAAUGGAAGAUAAAUACAAGAGAAAUCUAGAGGACAUGAAAAGGAAACAUGAAGAUGAGGCCAGAAAACAAGCGGAAGAGUUUAAUGAGUUCAGGGAGAAAAAACAAAAAGAAGUUGAAGCUUUGAAGCAACAACAUGAAAGGGAAAUGAAAGAAACCCGAGAUGAAUACAAACUUUUAAAUGAACUGAAGAUUCAGAUAGAAAAGGAGCUGAAAGCUGAUGUAAAGGACAAACAUCAACAACUACUGCAUGAAAUUCAAGACAAAAACAACAUUAAGAAAGAAAUUGAAAAAAGGCAGAAAGAAAUAAACAACUUGGAUGAUUUAAAAAGAAAAAAAGAAAAGGAAUUGGAAAAAAUAAAAAAGAAUUUCUUUGUAAAACAUUGUACCACCUCUUAAUGAUGCUUUUAUCUUCUGGAUCUUUGAGUGUUAUUUAUGAUCAAAUAUCAUUGACCUUCAUCAUAGGCAUCAGAUUACUCAACAGAUUACUCCGGUCAGGUUCUGAAAGACU